UGGAGUUUGACACUCACUGUAUGUCUUUUCCAUGUACUGAACUCUUGUUAUUUAACUAUGCCGAGGUAAAUUCAAUUUUUGAAUCUAGGGCACCUUUAAAGAGACACACAAAAACUGGUGAUUUUGCUCACACCUAAAUAGGGGCAAAGCUAAAUGAUCUGUGGGGUAUUUUGAGCUGAAACUUCAAAGACAUUCUGGGGACACCAGAGACGUAUAUUACAUCUUUUGAAAGGGGGCAUUAUAGGUCCCCUUUAAAAACAGAUGCAGGAAUUAAAACGUCAAUGUUCUGCUGCUGCUUCAUUUGCAGUUAUUUUUUGUUGCAGGAGCAAAUAUCUAAUGAAGACUGAAAAACGUUUUACAAACUCCAGCAUCAAAUUUGCCUAUCUGUGCUUUUACUUACAAUCACAGUACAAACAUUUACACACUUAGGUAGCAAAUUUCCCCAGGCAAAUGCAUCUCUCUGUGGUAAUUACAUAUAGCAUGCAAAUCCUUGCCACCAACAGAGUAUGGAGAAACAGUGGGCUGGUGUGAAAAGACUGUUUAAAAAGCUCAUAUGUGUCUGAAGAGCUCAUAUCAGAGGUAGUAAGAUGUUGGUCUGGUGUGUGUUUCUCUCUCUCUUGAGCUUUAGUGACAGUGGAGGGCUUCACCUUCAAGGAGAUUAUAUCAUCUCUGGCUGGUUCUCUCUCCAUAAUUCAGAGUCCGCCAUCCCAUCGACACCUUACCUGACUGACUGCACAAAAGGCUUGACCAACAAGCAUGGAUACCAUUUGGUGCAGGCCUUCAGAUAUGCUGUGGAUGAAAUUAACAACGGCACCCAGGAUAAGCAACUCCUUCCAGGGGUCACACUGGGCUACCAGACAUAUGACUUAUGCUCCCUCCCAGCCAGCAAUCUGGCCACCCUGGAUCUGCUGACCCAGCAGCUCCACAGUUCAGAUGUGAACAGCCACUCUGUGGCCAUCAUCGGUCCUGACAGUAGUUCCUACUCUUUCACACCAGCCGCUGCUCUGGGUGCAUUCCUGGUGCCUCAGAUCUCCUACGAAGCCUCAAAUGAACUGCUGAGCAACAAAAUUCUCUAUCCAGCUUUCUUCCGCACCAUUCCCAGUGACAAGAACCAAGUCAGCGCAAUGAUACAGAUUCUGGUCAGAUUUAAUUGGACCUGGAUUGCCCUUAUCGGAAGUGACAAUUCAUACGGUAUACAAGGAAUGCAAAGCCUUUCCCAGCAAGCUUCACUUCACAAUUUAUGUAUUGCGUACCAAGCCGUGAUACCCGUAGUAACUGACAAGACAAAGCAAUACAUGCAAGACAUGGUCAAAAACAUAAUCAAAUCCAAAGUCAACACUAUAGUUGUCUUUGCCAAUAAGAGGCGGGUCACAGGCUUCUUUCCUUUUGUUGUUGACCAAAACGUGACAGGUAAAGUGUGGAUUGGGACAGAGGACUGGUCAGUGGAAUCAACAGUGAGUAGUAUCCCAGGAAUCAGUAUGAUAGGGACUGUCCUCGGUGUUGCAGUCAAAUAUGCUGAAUUCAGUGGGUAUGAAGAUUUUGAAAGGCUUUCUGUGCCUGGACUUAAAGACAUUGGUCUAAACAGUCCAUUCAACCUCAGCGUCCCAUGUAUGCAAAAUACAGACCUUUAUGAAAUAGCGAUUAAAGGCUUUUCUUUGACGCAGUAUGACAUUGUUUCCUCCUUUAACGUGUAUAAGGCUGUGUACGCAGUGGCUCAUGCGCUGCACAAAAUCCUGCAUUGUGACUCUGGACUUUGUCAGAAAUAUAAGGUGCAGCCAUGGGAGGUAUUUCAUCAGCUGAAACGAGUUCAGUUUUCAAUUCGAAACACGUCAUUUUAUUUUGAUGAGAAUGGAGACCCUCCUACAGGUUACGAUAUUGUGACAUGGAUAUGGACGGAUGGCCAGUGGUCAUUGAAAGUGGUGGGAAGUUACAGUUCUGGUCUUACUGAUCUUCAGUUAGAUGCCUCUCAGAUUCAAUGGACAGGCCAGGUGUCUCCUGUAACCAAGGUUCCCGAGUCACUGUGUUCUCCAGAGUGUCCCUAUGGACACAGAAAGCUCAUGACCGGACAGCAUAAGUGUUGCUUUGACUGCAUGGCAUGCCCUGCUGCCACCUUCCUCAACAAAUCUGGUUACACUAGCUGCCAAGCGUGUGCCAAAGAUUACUGGUCUGAAGCAGUGAGUGAGACAUGUAAGAAGAGGGCAGAGCUGUACCUGUCGUGGGGCACUCCGCUCACUACAGCCCUGCUCAUAUACCUGGGUGUGACCCUAUUUCUCACCCUGGGCACAGCUCUCAUCUUCCUGUUUAACCUCAGUACCCCUGUGGUGAAGUCGGCCGGAGGGAAGACCUGUCUGCUGAUGUUGGCGUCUCUGACCGUGGCCUCCUGCAGCACACUGUGCCACUUCAGCAGACCGUCCCGCAUCGGCUGCCUCCUCAAACAGCCGCUCUUCAUCAUCAGCUUCACCGUGUGCCUGGCGUGUAUGACUGUGCGCUCUUUUCAGGUGGUUUGCAUAUUUAAAUGGUCCUCCAAGCUGCCAAGAUUCUAUGAGACCUGGGCUAGGAAGCGAGGCCCUGAGAUGUUCAUCCUCAUCAUGACAGUGGUGGAGGUCUUCAUCUCUCUUCUUCGCAUGCUUCUCGACCCUCCCUUUCCAUCUCAGGACUAUGACUUCUACCAUGACAGCAUUAUUCUGGAGUGCAGCAAGACUCUGUCUCUCGGGGCCUUCGCUGAGCUCAUUUUUGUGUGCGUGUUGAGCUUAAUUUGUUUCUGCCUGAGCUACAUGGGAAAAGAUCUGCCUGCCAAUUACAAUGAGGCUAAAUGCAUUACAUUUAGUCUCAUGAUAUAUAUGAUUUCUUGGAUCACUUUCUUUACAGCUUACUGCAUUUCCAGAGGGAGCUUCGCCAUGGCCCUAAAUGUAGGCGCCAUCCUCUUUAGUGUGCUAGGGAUACUCGGUGGCUACUUUUUGCCGAAGGUGUACAUAAUCUUGAUAAAACCCCAAAUGAAUACCACAGCUCACUUCCAAAAUUGCAUUCAAAUGUACACCAUGUCCAAGCAGUGAAAGCGAAUAAGACUUUCUACUGUGUCUCUCAACAUUAGGAUAAUCCAAUAGUGCCUUCUAACAAUACAGAGCAACAUAAUCCCAGUUUCAGCCUUUUAGAAGCAGCCAAUACUCUGAUUGUCUUUAGACUGUGACUGCUUGGCAUAUGCGUAGCCAGUGGGCAGAUCGUCAGAGAAAGCCUAAUUGUGUUGGCUACCAAAAGGGCAGAGCAACCAGUUCAGCUGCCUUUCGUGAACAUCUGUCAUGUGCUCCGCUUUCAUGGGUGCCCAGUUUCACUCGAAACAAUUCUGAGAAAAGAUUUAAUUGGGCAGCUAAUUUUGCAGAUAAGAGGACAGAUGGCGUCACUUGUCCUGUUUGUCUUUAGUAAAUCGUAAUGCCCAAAGUUUUCAGUAAAUAUAGUCAAAAAUAUAGAAUAAAUAUGGGAAAACUGGUAACACUUUACAAUAAGUCCCAUCAGUUCAUGUUAGACACCAACACUUUUUUUAGAGAAUUUAUUAAUCUUUGUUAAAGUUAGUUAACUGUUUAUUGUUAAUUCAAGUUCGCUUGGUUCCAUUAAAUAUUAUUAUUAAAGUUAGCAUGAAACAGAAUUUGCGAUAGUCUUUACACAUCAGAGUAAAACAGCUUCUCGAACAAGAAAAAAUGUAGGGUGGGACUUGAUUUUGUCCAUCGGGAAUUGAUUGGAUCGUUAUGGUCCUGCCCUCACGCCAAUAAAAGUCAUCAGAAAAGAGAAGAGAUGACAUUGUAAGUGGGAGGGGAAGUUAGUUUGAGUAAAGAUUAUAUGGGUGCACAAUGAUGUGCGUGGAUAAAUCAUUUAUAAUAGUGCAAUAUUCCAUAAAAAGAACAGGAAUUGUACAUUUUGAUUUCAUUCUUACUUUAACAGAUACAAUUAUUAAUUUUAACAAUGUUAAAAUCAGGUUUUGUGUUGUGGGACUUUUAUUUUGAAGUGUAUUUUCUGCUCAGCUUGUUUCAGUGUUUCAUCCCUGUGAUUUGUUCCUGUUUCCUUUGUUUCCAUUACUAAAAUUUGUUAAAAUUGUGAGCAUAAGGGUGUACUCACACUAGGCACGGUUGCCUUGAACCAAGCCCGAGCGCGAUUGUCCCCCCUCCCCACUCCCCCGCUGGCCUGCACUCACACUGCACUUAACGUUCCAGUCCGGAGCAUGCUUACGUCAUAUACGAUGCAACUUUUUGAAU